ACACACUACUUCAAAACUUAUCUUCUUCUCUCACUGACAAACAAACAUUUUGAACUCUUGUUUCAGGGUUGUUAUGGAACAGAAGCAGAAGAUAUUACAUCAAUUCAAAUCCCAAUCCCGUCUCCCCAACUUCGCUAUUCCAAUCCGCUACGAUCUUCAUCUCAAAACCCAUCUCUCAGCCUGCACUUUCUCAGGAAUUGUACAGAUUACUCUCACCAUUCUUCACGAUACCAAGUUCAUCGUCUUGAAUGCUUUGGAGCUCGACGUUCAUGGAGUUUCCUACUCCAACUCCAACACCCAGAAAUAUAAGCCUUCCGAUGUUAUUCUGGAUGAGGAAGAUGAGAUACUUGUUUUGGUGUUUGAUGAUAUGCUUCGCGUUGGGGAAGGAAUUUUGGAGAUUGAGUUUUCUGCUCCUCUCAACAGCCAUUUAAAGGGAUUCUACAAAUGCACUUAUGUUGAUGGAGGUGUGAAGAAGAAUAUGGCAGUUACUCAGUUUGAAGCAGUGGACGCACGGCGGUGUUUUCCAUGUUGGGAUGAACCUGCCUUGAAGGCGAGCUUCAAAAUUACAUUAGAUGUACCAAAAGAGUUGAUGGCACUAUCCAACAUGCCUGUUUUGGAGGAAAAGGUCAAUGGGGACAUUAAGACUGUUUAUUUUGAGGAAUCUCCAUAUAUGUCAACCUAUGUGGUGGCUUUUGUGAUUGGUUUGUUUGAUUAUAUUGAAGAAACCACGGCAGAAGGGAUAAAGGUUCGUGUAUACUGUCCUUUGGGAAAGAGGGAGGAAGGGAGGUAUUCCCUAAAUCUUGCUAUCAAGGUCCUCGAUUAUUUUGCGAACAAUUUAUUGACAGAUUACUCGCCAUUCUCAAACUUAUCUCCACUUGAGAGGUACUUCUCAAUGAGUUAUCCGCUUCCUAAACUCGAUAUGGUUGCUGUUCCUGAAUUUUGUGGUGGGGCUAUGGAGAAUAAUGGUUUGAUCAUAUAUCGUGAAAACUUAAUGCUCUGUGAUGCCUUGCAUUCUAGUGCCGAAAACAAGCAAGUUCUCGGUAUAUGUGUGGCACAUGAAGUGGCACACCAUUGGUUCGGAAAUCUGGUCACUAUGGCUUGGUGGAGUGAUUUAUGGCUGAACGAGGGGUUUGCUACAUGGGUAAGCUAUAUGGCAAUUGAUACAUUGUUUCCUGAAUGGAAAAUGUGGACACAAUUUCUCCAACAGACUGCUAGCGGCCUAGUUAUUGAUGCAUUGGAAGAAUCUCAUCCAAUUGAAAUGGAGAUACACCCUGCUCGUUCAAUUGAUGACAAAUUUGAUGCUAUAAGCUAUAAGAAAGGAUCUACGAUAAUUCGGAUGUUACAGAUAUACCUUGGAGAUGACAAAUUUCAAAAAGCUCUGAGUGAGUACAUAGAGAGAUACGCUUGGAAAAAUGCAAAAACGGAUGAUUUAUGGGCUGUCAUUUCCGAGGAAUCUGGUACCCAAAUAAACUCAAUGAUGAACACCUGGACAAAACAGAUGGGAUAUCCUGUUAUCUCUGUGAAGUCCAGAGAUAAUACAGUGGAAUUUGAGCAGUCACAUUUCUUGUUGUCUGGUCAGCAUUCUGAUAGCCAAUGGAUCAUCCCAAUCACCUUGUCAGUUGGUUCAUACAACAAACAGAAGAACUUCCUUCUGGAAACAAAGUUUCAUGAGGUCGAUAUAUCAAAAGAUUUUGCUGGUGCUAAUACCACUACAACCACUGAAACAAUACCAAACUUAGAGGAUGGAAAUUUUUGGAUCAAAGUUAACAUAAGCCAGAGUGGUUUUUAUAGGGUAAAAUAUGAUGAUAAGCUUGCAUCUCAAUUGAGGAAGGCAAUAGAAAACAACGUACUGUCAGAAACAGAUAAAUUUGGCAUCUUAGAUGAUGCAUAUGCACUUUGUCAGGCUGGUCAACAAUCAUUAUCAUCCGUGCUUUCGUUAAUUGAUGUGUACAGGAAAGAGCUCGACUGCAUUGUGACUUCAAGGCUCAUUCAUGUCUGUAAUGCCAUCGUAAACAUUGCAACUGAAGCCAUUCCUGAUUUAGUUUUUGAACUGAAGCAAUUUUUCAUCAAUGUCCUCCAGUUCCCUGCCACUAUUUGCUGCAGAAAAUUAGGUUGGGAACCAAUACCUGAUGAGGACCAUUCCAGUGCUAUACUGAGAGGAAGACUUUACCGGGCGCUAGCCUCAUUUGAUGAUGAUAAAACUCACGAGGAAGCAAUGCAAUGUUUUCAAGCUUAUAUGAGAGAUAGAAAGACCACUCUUCUUUCAGCUGACACGAAGAUGGCUGCUUAUUUGGCUGUGAUAAGGAAAGCCACCGUUUCAAAUAGGUAUGGAUUUGAAUCCAUUUUGCAACUCUACAGAGAAGCUGAUGCUGCUGAAGAUAGAGAAGAUAUUUUGCGAAUUUUAUCUGCUUGUCCAGACCCAGAUUUACUUGUGGAAGCACUGGACUUUUUAGUGUCCGAUGAGGUUCGAGAGCAAGACAUUGUCUAUGGGCUUGCGGGAAUAAGCUUUCAGGGUCGUCACAGAGCAUGGAAAUGGUUUAAGGAGAAUUGGGACCCCAUCUUUAACAAAUAUGGAGCUAAUUUUUUGUUAACUAACUUCGUCCGUGACCUCAUCACUCCGUUUUGCAGCAAUGAGGAAGCAGACGAAAUAGAAGCGUUUUUCGCUACUCACCCACACGAAAAGGUUGCUAUGGAUCUAAAGCAAAGCCUGGAGCAAGUACGCAUCAAGGCGAGGUGGGUUGAGUUCAUUAAGCAAGAUCAUUCUCUACCUGAUCUCAUUAACAAACUUGCUGCCAAAGGUUAAUCUUGAACAAUCUACUCACUCUUCAGUUCAUUACUCAUCUAAAAAUUAAACUAAAGGAGUUAAAUAUUCAUACGAACUUAUCGAAUAUAUAGGAUCAUGGACUGAAAUUUAAGUUGUGGAAGUAUUGGAAUGUUGACUUGUAAAUAGAAAUAAAAGAACCGUCAACUGUAUGAUUCAUAAAGUAUCUCUCUGGUAAUAGUUUGAUUGAUAUAUUUUAUAGGUAAAAGUUUUCAUUUUAGUUUUUAA